AUGAUUAAUGCUUUUUUGGUCUUUAAUGGCCAGGGUCAGCCUAGACUGACGAAAUUCUACACGCAGCUGGAGACGAGCAUUCAGCAGCGAUUGAUAUCGGAAAUCUUUACCCUGGUUUCGAACCGACCCUCCGGCUCUUGCAACUUCCUACCAUUACCGCCUCUCCUCGCUGCCUCUGGAACGUCACAUUCCUCGUCCGAAGAGCAGAACGACGUGCCGUCUCUCGUGACGUACCGCAACUACGCGACCCUUUACUUCAUCAUAAUAUCCACAUCAACCGAGUCGCCUCUCGCAUUGAUCGAUUUGAUCCAAGUCUACGUCGAAGCUCUGGACAAGCUAUUCGAAAACGUGUGCGAACUCGACCUCAUCUUCAACUUUGAAACUUUACAUGCUACGCUAUCAGAAAUGAUAAUAGGUGGUGUGGUCAUAGAAACGAAUUUGGACCGCAUCGUCUCCGGGGUUAGAGCACAAGGCACCGUGGCUAAGCGGCCAGUGAACGAGGGGAGAAGCGCAGGAAUCGGUUCAGGCUUGGGAAUGGGUGGUAAUUUCGCCUGGGCAGGCCGAUGA